CGAUUGCAUUAGGCAGUUUGUGAACGAAUGUGAUGACAUCAAACACCCCAAAGCACUAACCUCAACAAAACUUAGGAAACACAUUGCUACUCUGUCGACUGUUCUGAAUCUCAAGACUACAGAACUUGACCAAUUGGCAGAUUUCCUUGGGCAUAACAUUGAGGUCCACAGAAAGCACUACCGCCUUCCAGAGGGCACCCUCCAGCUUGCUAAAAUAAGCAAAGUUCUUCUAGCGCUGGAACAGGGACGGCUAGGAGAAUACAAGGGGAAGAAUCUGGAUGAAAUUCAGCUUGAUGUGACUGAGACUGUUGACAUGGAUGGGUGUUCACAAGAGGAAGAUGACUUUAUUCCAGACGUACAGGAGCCUGAAGUUGAGGACAGUGUGGCAUCCACACAAGAACCUACAUCCACACAAGAACCUACAUCCACACAAGAACCUACAUCCACACAAGAACCUACAUCCACACAAGAACCUACAUCCACACAAGAACCUACAUCCACACAAGAACCUACUUCCACGCUGCAUUCCCAAUACCAGAGAAAGUCGGCAAAAAAGAGAGGUAAAGAAACUGCUGUCAAAAGAAGCUGGACAACAGAUGAAUGUGCGGCAGUAGAAAGACACCUAAGGAAAUUCAUUGUGAGGAGCCAAGUUCCAGGGAAAAAGGACUGUCAGCGCUGCGUUGAUGCAGAAGCUCAAGCGUUAGG